GUUAGGCGGUGCUGCUGUUUUGCUGUCGAGUCACCUCUGUCGGGAUGGAGGAAAACGAGCCGCUAUAAUGCUGCAACGGAGCAUCUCAAAUCGGGACACUUAGACACACACCGUUAUUUAUCUUUAAUACUGAUCCGUGACAAAAAAAACGUUUGUGCAAAAAUGAUGGAAGAAAUCGACAGGUUCCAAGUGCCUCCUGUCAACGGAGAGACGCAGCCUUUGGAUCCGGCAGCCUCCUCCCACUCAGAAGCUGACCCUGAUGCCAAAGGAGAGACAGUGGCUAUGAACUACAAACCCUCGCCGCUGCAAGUCCAAAUAGAGAAACAGAGAGACCUCGCCAGAAAGGGUUCAGUGAAAAACGGCACUGUGGCCAGUCCCGUCAAUCAACAACCUAAGAAGAAUGCUAGGACAAGGUUGGUUGUGCCAAAUAAAGGCUACUCCUCAUUAGACCAGAGCCCAGAUGAGAAGCCCCUCGUAGCACUGGACACUGACAGCGACGACGACUUCGACAUGUCCAGGUAUUCAUCAUCGGGAUACUCCUCAGCCGAGGUGAGAUGUCUGAGGGACCAGCAAAUCAACCAGGACCUCAACAUCCAGCUCCUGAAGGACGGCUACCGACUGGAUGAGAUCCCAGAUGACGAGGACCUGGAUCUAAUCCCGCCCAAAGCGGUCAACCCCACCUGCAUGUGCUGUCAAGCCGCUCCCUCCACGGCGUGUCAGAUCCAGUAGCACCGCCCCGCUCCCAGUCGAAAAAAAAUACAGAGUGGGUUCAACACUUUGCCCAUUGUUAGGAAAAAGGAAAAAAAAGGAAAGGUCUGUAAAUGUCAGUCAGCGACGGAUGUAGGUACCACCGAUGGAUCUUGUGCACGUUCCUCCUAUGGUUGGAUGUGUGCACCUUCUGCCUUGUGUGCUCAACUGGGACUGCAAUGAUGGCACAAACAUCAGCUUGAAGAAAACUUGAUCAUCACUACAGUGAUUUUUUUUUCUGUUUUUUCCCUGCACUCACAUGGACCAUUUAGGACCGUUGACUAGAAACCGUUGGAUGAAAGACUAAACCUCUUCUGGCGAUAAGGGAUCAUCUGAACGAUUUCUUGUACUUUGUCUUCAUGUGUGUCCAAUUUAAAGAUGUCUACUGAAUGUGUGAGAAUAUACCCAGAGAAGUAGGCCUCAACCGUUCAACUUCUCACUGUAAAACACUGAAGGUAGUUCAAAUCUUAGUUUUUCCCCAGCGUAGUGUCUGUUUCAUCGUUGCAAUUGAAGAGAAAAAAAAAAGAAAAGAA